GUCGCCCGGAGCAGAGGAAGUCGAUGGAAUCCGCGGCGGUUUUUUUUUUCCGCCGUGUCCCGCCUUUUCCGUUCGGCGUGGUUGCCACCGUUUUUUGUCUUCCCCCACUCCCCCCUAAAGCCCCAUCCCAUAAUUUCCCGUUGGUUCCCUGACGACCGAUUGGUUCCUACCCCCCCGGCGGUUGGGGAAGGAGAUUGGUCAGACACAAGCGGCCCCGGACCCAGCGCCGCUGCUGUGCGAGUGAUGUUCGCGCGGGGCUGAGAGCCGGGGGCCUUCAAACUCCCUUCCCCUCUCCCUCGCCUGGUCCUACCCCUUUCCCCCCCGCCCCCCCCAACUUACCAGUUACUGUUUGCACCCUCAAAUAUUUUCAAAGCCCCGACGCGGUUUGGUUCCCCCCUUUCUUCCGUUAACUGUUGUAAAAUGGCGGAGCGUUCUGCGGUGGAGGUGAGGAGCCUGGUCUCCCACCCGGCCGGCUGGCAAUCUCUCUUGUCCUUCACUGUCCUUUUCUUGGCCUGGUUGGCUGGAUUCAGCUCCAGGCUAUUCGCCGUCAUCCGUUUCGAGAGCAUCAUCCAUGAGUUUGACCCGUGGUUUAACUAUCGCUCUACACAUUAUCUUGCAUCCCAUGGGUUCUACGAUUUUCUAAACUGGUUUGAUGAAAGAGCAUGGUACCCUCUGGGAAGAAUUGUUGGAGGAACGGUGUAUCCUGGCCUCAUGGUUACAGCAGGCUGUAUACACUGGAUUUUGAAUACGCUUCAUAUAACAGUCCACAUCCGGGAUGUCUGUGUCUUUCUAGCUCCUGUGUUCAGUGGUCUUACAUCAAUAUCGACAUUUCUUCUCACUAAGGAGCUGUGGAAUCAAGGAGCAGGACUACUUGCUGCUUGCUUCAUCGCUAUUGUACCGGGCUAUAUAUCACGAUCAGUGGCAGGCUCAUUUGAUAAUGAAGGAAUAGCUAUUUUUGCAUUGCAAUUUACAUACUACCUGUGGGUCAAGUCUGUAAAAACUGGCUCAGUUUUCUGGACAAUAUGUUGCUGCUUGUCCUACUUUUAUAUGGUAUCUGCAUGGGGUGGUUAUGUGUUCAUUAUCAACCUCAUUCCGCUACAUGUAUUUGUAUUGCUACUGAUGCAGAGGUUCAGUAGAAGAAUCUAUAUAGCUUACAGCACCUUCUACAUUGUGGGCUUAAUAUUAUCAAUGCAAGUACCUUUUGUGGGGUUUCAACCGAUUCGAACCAGUGAGCACAUGGCAGCAGCAGGUGUAUUUGCCCUGAUGCAAGCUUAUGCCUUCUUACAGUAUCUGAGAGACAGGCUGACGAAGCAGGAGUUCCAGACAUUGUUUUUCUUGGGGGUGUCUCUUGCUGCUGGAGUUGUGUUUCUGAGUGUUAUUUAUUUAACUUACACUGGCUAUAUUGCCCCGUGGAGUGGGAGAUUUUAUUCACUCUGGGAUACAGGAUACGCAAAAAUCCAUAUUCCCAUCAUUGCUUCUGUAUCUGAGCAUCAACCUACAACAUGGGUUUCCUUCUUUUUUGACCUUCACAUAUUGGUCUGCACUUUCCCAGCCGGCCUGUGGUUCUGCAUCAAAAACAUUAAUGAUGAAAGAGUAUUUGUUGCCCUUUAUGCAAUCAGUGCUGUUUACUUUGCUGGAGUUAUGGUGCGUCUGAUGUUGACUCUCACCCCGGUUGUCUGCAUGCUAUCUGCCAUUGCAUUCUCCAAUGUAUUUGAACACUAUCUGGGUGAUGACACGCAGAGGGAAAGUCCACCUGUUGAGGAUAGCAGUGAUGAGGAUGACAAGAGGAAUUCUGGAAAUCUCUAUGACAAGGCUGGCAAGGUGAGAAAGCAUGUGUCUGAACAAGAAAACACUGAAGAGGGACUUGGUCCAAAUAUCAAGAGUAUUGUUACGAUGCUGAUGUUAAUGUUACUGAUGAUGUUUGCUGUACACUGCACCUGGGUGACUAGCAAUGCAUACUCCAGCCCAAGUGUGGUCCUGGCAUCUUACAAUCAUGAUGGGACACGUAAUAUCCUAGAUGAUUUCCGUGAAGCAUAUUAUUGGUUGCGACAAAAUACAGAUGAACAUGUUAGAGUGAUGUCUUGGUGGGAUUAUGGGUAUCAGAUUGCAGGAAUGGCUAAUCGGACAACUCUGGUAGAUAAUAACACAUGGAACAACAGCCAUAUUGCACUGGUUGGAAAAGCAAUGUCUUCCAAUGAGAGUGCAGCCUACCAGAUAAUGCGGAGUCUGGAUGUGGACUAUGUGCUCAUCAUUUUUGGUGGUGUGAUUGGUUACUCUGGUGAUGAUAUCAACAAGUUUCUUUGGAUGGUCAGGAUAGCAGAAGGCGAGCAUCCAAAGGACAUCCGGGAAAGUGACUACUUCACGCCACAGGGAGAGUUCCUUGUGAGCAAGGCUGGCUCUCCAACUUUACUAAACUGUCUCAUGUACAAGAUGUCCUACUACAGAUUUGGAGAGAUGCAGCUGGAUUUCAGAACACCACCAGGAUUCGAUCGCACCAGAAAUGCUGAAAUUGGAAACAAAGAUAUCAAGUUCAAACAUUUGGAAGAAGCCUUCACCUCGGAGCACUGGCUAGUGAGGAUUUACAAAGUGAAAAAGUUGGACAACAGAGAGAAACUUGACCAUAAACCAAGAGUAACUAACAUAGUGCCCAAACAGAAGUAUUUAUCAAAAAAGACCUCUAAAAGAAAGCGUGGCUAUGUGAAGAACAAACUGACACUGAAGAAAGGCAAGCGAUCUACCAACAGGAAGACAAACUAAGUAUCGGCGAGCCCUGACAACAUGCAGUUGUCUUUAUGACAACCAGUCUUUGCCUUCUACCUACAAUCCGAUUCUGCUGCAGCACAGGGUUGCAUGCAUUGCUCAAGAGAUUCAGACAGUGUCUGAGCCCUGUAAAUCUAUUGGUUGUUUAUUGACACCUGUUUUUAGAGCCAUAUUUGAUUGUGUUGGCAAGGCAGACAGCUGCUGUCCAGGGGUAGCAGCAGAAUUCUUAUUGGUACAUACUAUCCUUCAUUUGAAAUUUUUUUUAAAAAAAAAGAAAAUGGGCUAACUGCACCAAAGAACCCUAUUCUUUAUUAUUGCCAGCACAUGUGUACUUGCCAAUCAUUUGAAAGAGGCAAUAAUGAAUGAUUCAGUUUACUUUGACUGGGGCAUGGUUAGUUAUCAGAUAUAGAUGGCAAAUGAAUCAUGAGAUAAAUUGAGCAUAAAGCACAGGAUUUGGACAGGUUGGUUUGUCUCUAGCCCUGUAUGUACACAACCUGUUUCUAACAGUUAUGACUGUUUGUUGAAGCAAAAUGUGGGAAGGAGACUACAGGGUUUGCCACUGUCCUUGUACCUUUGAUUUUUUUUUUGUUUCUUUACUUGAAAGUAGUCAAUAAAUUAGAAGAUUUCUGUUUGAUUUGGGGUGGUCAGGGAUUUGUAAUUAUAUAAGAGUCAAGAGGACCAACAUUUCAGACUGCAGAAUGUUGGCUGUUACACAUGUGCUUUAAUGCUAUCUAAAACAUGGUUUCCUCUUAGCUACAAAUGUUUGUUUGGAUUCCAGUAUAUACCUUCCCUUUUCAUUCUUUGUGUUUUCUCCAUAUACCUUUUAAAGAAUAAGAAGUUUCUUAAUGAGCAAAAGCUACUCACUUAGGGUUGUAAAAAUUUGGUUAGACAAGUUUCUUUUUUUUAAAAAAAAAUGUGAACAAUUGUACAAGAAUCCAUGCACUAUUUGAAAAAUCUGAGGUAGAUAAAUUCCCAUCUUGAUACAACAAUCUGAAACGUUCCUUUACAGAGAUGACCAGUGAAUAAUGAAAAUUCUCAGAUGAUUCAUGCUUAUGAAGUUAGUUGAUGUUCCCCUUUCUGCAAGAAUUAACAUUGCAAUUUUAUAUGUAUGCAGCUGUUUUCAAUGCAAAAUAAAAAUUUGCUGCAGAAACUAUUGGUGUAAAAAAAUAAAGAUACUAUGUACCGUAUUUUGGAAACAUUUGUAAAUUAAACUGUGCAGUAUAUGCCUUAUUGCUGCUUCUGGAUUGUGUUUUUAUUCUUUCAGUUUUUUCAUUGAGGAACGAGAGGGCUACUUUUCCUACCUUUUUUUUGCAUUAUUUCAUACUUCGUGACUACUAGUCUGUGAUCCAAAGUAAACACACAUUAUGACUUCAUAUAAUACUUGAGGGAAGGAUUGGGCUCAGGAAAGUCAUUUUUACAUUACUGCUUACAGUUUUCAGGACAGAUCUGUUCAACUGUAGCCAAAAUAAAUGUUAAAUUGAAGUA